UCCAAUGCAAGGCGAAAGUCGCUGAAGGGGGCGGGGCGGGGCGAGAGGAGGCGGGCGUGUGUUGUGGAGGAAAGUGUGCCAUGGCGGAGCCUGUGGGGAAGCGGGGCCGCUGGUCUGGAGGUAGCGGUGCCGGCCGAGGGGGUCGGGGCGGCUGGGGCGGUCGGGGCCGGCGUCCUCGGGCCCAGCGGUCUCCAUCCCGGGGCACGCUGGACGUGGUGUCUGUGGACUUGGUCACCGACAGCGAUGAGGAAAUUCUGGAGGUCGCCACCGCUCGCGGUGCCGCGGACGAGGUUGAGGUUGCGCCCCCGGAGCCCCCGGGGCCGGUCGCGUCCCGGGAUAACAGCGACAGUGACAGCGAAGGGGAGAACGGGCGGCCCGCAGGACCCCCGCGGGAGCCGGUCAGGCGGCGGCGGCGGCUGGUGCUGGAUCCGGGGGAGGCGCCGCUGGUUCCGGUGUACUCGGGGAAGGUUAAAAGCAGCCUUCGCCUUAUCCCAGAUGAUCUAUCCCUCCUGAAACUCUACCCUCCAGGGGAUGAGGAAGAGGCAGAGCUGGCAGAUUCGAGUGGUCUCUACCAUGAGGGCUCCCCAUCACCAGGCUCUCCCUGGAAGACAAAGCUGAGGACUAAGGAUAAAGAAGAGAAGAAAAAGACAGAGUUUCUGGAUCUGGACAACUCUCCUCUGUCCCCACCUUCACCAAGGACCAAAAGCAGAACGCAUACUCGGGCACUCAAGAAGUUAAGUGAGGUGAACAAGCGCCUCCAGGAUCUCCGUUCCUGUCUGAGCCCCAAGCCACCUCAGGGUCAAGAGCAACAGGGCCAAGAGGAUGAAGUGGUCUUGGUGGAAGGGCCCACCCUCCCAGAGACCCUCCGACUCUUCCCACUCAAAAUCCGUUGCCGGGCUGACCUGGUCAGAUUGCCCCUCAGGAUGGAUUCCCCUCUAAAGACCCUCAUGUCCCACUAUGAGGAGGCCAUGGGACUGUCGGGACGGAAGCUCUCCUUCUUCUUUGAUGGGACAAAGCUUUCAGGCAGGGAGCUGCCAGCUGACCUGGGCAUGGAAUCUGGGGACCUCAUUGAGGUCUGGGGCUGACACCCCACUCCCUGUUUGACGGCCCAGCCUGGACUUGGGGAGAAUAACUUUCCCUUUUUUGCCCCAUAAGGGCUAGCAUAAGCUGAGGUAGAACUUAUCUUUAAGCUGCAGCAAAAUCAAGGAGUGACUUUUGUCCCCUCUCCUGUUGACCCUGGUUUAGAGCCGUUAACCACUUGGUGAGUUAUGUGGGUGUUGUUGCCCUGGGUGGCCUGUGGCUCUGUCCACAAGUCAUGCUGAGUUUUGCAGCCUCUGUGACUUGGGGAUGUCCCUUCACCCCUCCCCUUUCACCACCAUCCUCUUUUCCUCAUGGAAAUGUCUGCUUUAUGAAACUAUGCACAUAUUGAAAGUGAGUUGAAACAAAUGAGGGUUGGGUAGGAGCUUCCAGGCCUGGGAUUUACACCACGCCUAGCCCAGCAGAGGCCUUAGUCCCAUUUGGGGCUUGGGAGUGACAUUUGCUUGAGGCUUAUACACUGGUGUGGUUGCCUGGCUUGCAGGAAAUGACCAAGCUCACACAUGCUGGCUGAAGCGUAAGCAGACAACUGAGGUACUCUUUUGAAGGAUGAAGGUGGUGGAUUCUCAGCCCUGGGGCUCUUCCUCACCUGAGGACCCUUCAGAGCCACCUUUCUAGUUUACAUUUCCUGGUGCACACAUUUAAGGCAUAACAGCACAUUCAUCCCUUUGGUUUGGGAUCUCAGGAAUAUAGUCCCAUGCAAAGAUUCUCUGGUUUUAUGGCUUUUUUUCCCUUUCUUUACACCAUCCUCUCCCAUAAGCACCCAUGUCUUUGAAUAUGAAUGUAUUUGUAAAAUACCACGUUUCAUGUGUGAAUAUGUGCUUUUACUGUAUAUAGUGCUAUUGUGCAAUAGGUCUUAUGCUGUUUUCACUCAAUGUGUGCUAAGAUCUAGCCCCAUUGACUCUUCUAGAAAUGCAGUAUUGCUUUGACCUGCCGGUGGCACUCCACAAUGUCAAUUGCAGUUUACACACAUUGCCUAAAGUGGGGGACACCUGGGUGCCCCUGACCCCUUGGCACCGGAUACAGGCCACGAUAAACAUCCUUUCGUGUGUUCCCUUCUGUGCUUGUGUGGCAUGUGUACCCAGGAUGGGCCUAUAGGUCACAGAGGUCAGUUUCUCUAUGGUUUUCCAAAUUUUCUUUAGAACGGUGACUGACCCUCCUACUUGAGGCCGCCCUUUUCUCCUUAUCCUUGUCAGCACUUGUAUUGCCAGACUACCUAAUUUUUGCCAGUCUCAUGGGUAGAUAGUGGUGCGGUGCUUUAACAUACAUUCAUCUGAUCAGCAUUAAUUUGGGGAAUUUUUUCACUUAGCCUUUCUGGUUUCCCUUCCCGUGCAUUGCCCAUUUUCUCAUGGAGUUUCUUAUCUUUUUUGGUUUAUUCUCAGGAGUUGCUUGUACAUUCUUGGGCAAUUGCAAAUAAUUCCAAGAGUGCAUAUUUGGGCUGGGUAUGGAGGUUCACUGGUAAUCCCAGCACUUUGGGAGGCCCAGGCAGAAGGAUCGCUGCAGCCCAGGAGUUCGAGACCAGCCUGGGCAACAUAGCGAGACCUCGUCUCUACAAAAAAAAUUAAAAAGGGGGCUUUGGGAGGCCAAGGCGGGCGGAUCAUGAGGGCAGGAGAUUGAGACCCUCCUGGCCAACAUGGUGAAACCCCGUCUCUACUAAAAUACAAAAAAUUAGCUGGGCAUGGUGGCGCACACCUGUAGUCCCAGCUACUCUGGAGGCUGAGGCAGGGGAAUCGCUUAAACCCAGGAGGCGGAGAUUGCAGUGAGCCAAGGUUCCACCACUGCACUCCAGCCUGGCGACAGAGCAAGGCUCCACUCAAAAAAAAAAUUUAAAGGGGAAAAAAUUGAAAUUUUCUUUGUAUCUAGGGGUAUCCGUCACUGAACAGAAAUUCUUAAUUUUGGCUAGGCGUGAUGGCUCAGGUCUCUAAUCCCAGCACUUUCGGUGGCCGGGGUGGGUGGAUCACUUGAGGCCAGGAGUUCAAGACCACCCUGACCAACUUGGUGAAAUCCCAUCUCUACUAAAAAUACAAAAAUUAGCUGGGUGCAGUGGCGCAUGCUUGUAAUCCCAGCUACUCGGGAGGCAGAGGCAGGAGAAUCACUUGAACCCGGGAGGUGGAGGCUGUAGUGAACAGAGACAGUGCCACUGCACAUCAACCUGAGUGACAGAGAGACUUUGUCUCAAAAAAAAAAAAAAGAAAAUUUUAAUUUUAAUAUAGACAGUAUGAAUUAUCUUGUUCUGCAGUUGGUUGCUUUUUGAUUGCUUAUUUAAUAGAGUUGUUAAGAUAUUUUACAUCUUCUCCUGUUAGCUGUUCAGCUUUUCCUUUCAUAUUGAGAACACUACACAGUGCUGAAGUCCAGCUGGUACACACCGGGGUGACACCUUGGCUGCAUCUGUUCUCAACAGUCAGACACUUCUUCUAAUUGGUUGAUGCUGGGCUGUACUGGUUGCUAAAUAUUGCACAUCAUUUUAAAACUAUUUGAGAUGCACUUUUGUACUCAGGAGGCCGAGGCGGGAGGAUUGCUUGAGCCUAGGAGUUUGAGACCAGCCUGGGCAACACAGCGAGACCUUGUCUCUUAAAAAAAAAAAAAAAAAAAAAAAUGAGAGAAAUCGGCUGGGCAUGGUUUCUCAUGCCUGUAAUCCCAGAACUUUGGGAGGCUGAGGCAGGUGGAUCACCGGAGGUUAGGAAUUCAAGACUGAAACCUUGUCUCUACUGAAAAUACAGAAAAAAAAAAAAAAAGAAAAGAGCUAGGUGUGGUGGCAGGCGCCUGUAAUCCCAGUUACUUCGGGAGGCUGAGGCAGGAGAAUCGCUUGAACCCAGGAGGCAGAGGUUGCAGUGAGCCAAGAUCGCGCCAUUGCACUCCAGCCUGGGCGACAAGAGUGAAACUCUGUCUCAAAAAAAAAAAAAAAAAAAAAAAAAAAAUUCAGUGAAAUACACCUUUAUAUAUGAGAUCCAAGUUUCACUUUUUGUGAUAUAAUGAGCCAGUUUUCUCAGUAAUGUCUACUAAAAAAAAAGCCAUUAACCUUUCUCUAAUAUUUGCAUGAUUCUAACAAAAGUAUGUCAACUUCUUAAAAUGUUUUAUUGAAAUGUGGCAUUCCUUUGAAUUUUAUGACAUUAAAAUAAUCCACGACAUGGUACAGCUCUUCACUUUUUCAGCUUUUAAAAUGUCCAUUAAUAAGUUUGAAUACGUUAAAAUUAUAUGUUUAACCUCAACAAAAUAAAUGGCAAUAUGUUCAA